UACGAGAAACAUUAAUUUCAAUAAUAUAAAGUUUUUAAUUUUAUCCCUUAUUGAUUUUUUCUUAAAAAAAAUGACUGUUAUAAGUAUCAAAUGCCAAAAAUGUAGAUUUGAACUAGUAUCCAGUGAGAGUUCUUCCAUACUCGACUGUCAUGAAAAGCUAAUUCAAAAUGCAGCUAGAGUUACUUACAGUUGUAAUGAUAAUUUUAUGGAAAAUAAUUGGUACCUUUCAUCUAAUACUUUACCUGAUUGGAUAAAUUCUUCAAUAGAAGAAGGUGAUUGGCAAAAAGGUAAAUUAAUUUGCCCAAAUUGCAAUUUAAGAGUUGGAUCUUUUGAUUUUGUCAGUGGUAUGAAGUGUCCAUGUAAAAAAUUUAUAUUGCCUCAAAUACAUUUAGUGAAAAGUAAAGUCGAUAUUUAUUUCCGUUGAAAAUAUAGUAAUUAUUUUUUAUAUUAUAUAAUUAUUGAUAACUGCUAUAUUGUAUAAAAUUAAUAAUUUUCA